AUGGUGGUCUGGGUUCAGCUUCCAACCUUUCCGAUUCAUCUUUACCAUCAAGAGAUCCUGUUUUCUUUAGGAAACAUGAUAGGGCGAGCUAUCAAGCUGGAUUUUCACACACAGCAUCAACAACGAGUGAAGUUCGCCCGGAUGGCCGUGGAGCUUGAUUUGUCUAAACCUCUGGUUACUCGAGUUCGGUUGGAUGGCAAAUGGCAGUACAUAGAGUAUGAAAACCUGCCGAAGGUGUGUUUCGAGUGUGGGAAGAUAGGGCACUCAGCAGAGACCUGCCCAUCCCUGUGCGAACCGACGCUGUCGAUUGUGGCCGGAGCCGGUUUUUUGUCGCCGGAAAAAGGGUCGGAAGAUACGUCGGAGGACAAAGCUGGUUUCGGCCCGUGGAUGCAGGUCACACGGCGAUCAAGGCGGGGAAUCCGGGCGCAAGAAAAAGGAAACUCGGACGGAUUUCAGGGAGAUCUCGUGUUCGGGGGAAAAAACGAGAAAGGAAAGGCUGGAUCGAAAUAUGAGGAAGGUGGAACGGGAAAUAAGGGAGGAAACAAGGAACCGCAAGGCCAACAGUUAGAUUUUCACAAGCAAGGCAAAUCAGACAAAGGGAAAGUUUCGGAAGGGUCGCCUCAAAAAGGAAAAGAGAGGCUGGGAAAAGCCUCGGCGGAGGUUCUGAUAGGGGGAAGGGGGGUGCUGGGGCCCAUACCUCCUAAGCACAAGGCCUUGUUCGUGAAGCCCAACAAGGCUGAGAUGGAACAAGGAAAACGGCAGGAGACGGUUUCAACUGGGUUGGACAACAAGAGCGGGCCGAAGCCCAACAAGUCUAAUAUUAUUUCACAAUAUGAAGCUGGCCCGUCCAGCUCAGGUCCCCCACCAACCCAAAUUGUCACAGGCCCAAACAACACUUCAAUUCAGAUCGUCUCCGUCCCGAACCUCGAGAGCCUGCAAACGGGAGAGCAGAGGGAAGAUGCUCCUUCGUCGGUGCUGAGAACCAAAAAUCAGCGAGCUCACAAGAAGAAGAAAGCCAAAUCUCCGCGGAAGAACCUAGUGACGAUCACAACCAAAGCUCUGCAAGUCUGGACGCCGGUGAAGGACAAAAAGAAUAAAGCCAGAGCCCGCUUAGCCUCUCUUACUCUGCAGGAGAUAGAGGCUUGGACGGGAGCGGCGAAGGCGUGCACAGCGGAGAAUAGCUCGCUUCAAACUCUGGAGUCGGAGAGUAGGGCGGAAUCGUGCCCAGCGUCGGAAGCUGCUGGCUCGUGUUGA